GGGAGGUGGCUUGCGGAGGAGGUUGGCCUGGGGAGGAGGUUGUCCAGGGAAGGCCAGGCCACAUGGCAGACGGGGAGCUGGAAGAGGCUGCCUGCGAUGGCCAGAGCAAGCGACUCGUGACGUGCAACCUGGACACAGAGAAGCAGCCUGGGCUUGUGGGAUCCUGGACAAAGGAGCACUGUGACCACGUGUUGGACUCCAUUGAUGCCCAGCUCAGCCAGUGGCAGGGCCAUGGUGUGCAAGUCAUGGGCAGCAGCAAAGACCAUGACAUCUCUUCUGACACUUCCCUCAAUGUCUCUUUGCUGGCUGAACCGGAAGAACACCCUACGGCCAAGGCUGAAUACCUCCAGGGUGAAGCCAGUCAAAGCAGCUCCAGCUCUGUCUGCACGGAGGACUUUGCUGCCAGGUUUCAGGAGGGUAUGGUUGAGCCUCUGGUGUUCUCCGAGGAUGAGGAAGACGAGCCCUUCUCAGUGGGGAGCAGGCAUGCCAGGGAUGUCCCAGCAGAAGGCAAUGGCAUCUCUUGCCCUGCUGAGGAUCAUGAUGCUGGGCAGGAUGAGUCCUUGCUCUCUACAGGGAGAAGACAGGAUGUCCCAUGGCAGUCGGAGGUGGAGCUGGGCUGUCCAUUGCAGAGCACAUCUCCACCUCUGACGAGAAGGCAGAGCCUGGAGUCUCUGGGAGGGAGGAUAUCCAGACUGAGCCAGAGCAAUGCUGUGACUGCAGGGAUGGAGCCAGACAGCUUCCCAGCGUGGUGGGCUCCCAUGCCAGCCCCCUCUGAGCAGGGAUGGACUCUGCAUGGAGCUAAUGUGAGAGAGUGUUCAACAAGGAGACGUGCAGGAGUCCCUGUGCCUCGAGCCUCGGUCUCUGCAGACAGCAGUUUGCCAGGGGAUGGUGGUGCUGGGACCAGAUGGCAUCACAUGAGCAGGCCUGUGGGGUCAAGACAGCAGGAGCCACCAGCUCUCCGGAGACAGUCUGAAGGGGACAUUGCCCUUGCUGUGGCUGACAUGGACAUGGAAGAAGCUGGUGACAAGCUGAGGAGAGCUCAGUCCUGGGCCCAUUGUACCAAUACAGCAGCAAGACUCCCCAGGGUGUGCAGCGACGACUCCUUUGGGGACCGGGGCCCCAUGGACACCUACAAAGAGCCAUCGUCCUGUGGGGGCAGCCGCUGGAGGAGCAGCAGUGCGGAGAGGUGGACCUGGAGCCCAGGCAAAGUGGCCAAGCCCUGGUGGGAACAUGGGAGGCUGAAAGCCAGCCUAGACCAGAAGCACACAGGCAAGGAGCCAGCGUCACUGUGUUGGUCUCUGCAGAGGAACUGGAAGGGGGUUCAAGAGCUGGGGUCCUGUGCAAAGAAGAUGCAGAGCAAAGGAGACAAAGCCAGGACUGGCCCAGCACUCCUGGAACACACAGAUGAUGCCUGCUGGCAGGAGCUGAUGGAGCUGGAGAAGGAGGUCCAGAGCCGGCUCCUGGAAGACAGAAAGACUUUGGGAGCAGAAAAGAAGGGAAUUAUCCAGUCUCAGCAGGGGCUUCUGGGGGAGCAGAGCCAGGGAGCCUGUGCAGACUGCCAGGAGGGGCUGGAGAAGCAGCUAUGGAAAAUGUCAGCUUUACAGGAAGAGAAACUGGCAUUACAGAAGAGACUCCAUGAGCUGGAGCAUCGUACCCGCUCCCUCCUGCAGCAGCGGCAGGAAGCCCUGGAUGAGCUGCACAUGUUGCUGCAGAAGGAGAAGAUGGACAUGCUUCGGCAGCUCCAGGAAGCCCUGGAGCAGGAACGGGCUCGCUACAGCACCUGGCUGCGAGUGCGUCUGCAGCGUCUGGAGCAGCAGCACCUUCUGUGGGCUCCACAUAGGGAAACUUCCUUGCAGAAGCCAGUGGUGCCAGGCCAGGCUGGGCGCUCCCUGGCAAGGCCUAUCAGCUUGGCAUGCCAGCACCUCCAUGACUUUCUUCCUGACAACUCCAUGGGGCAGAACCCUUCAGCAGCAGUGUGUGGCCACGCGCUUGGAGUCCUGCAUGGCCUCAGUGAGGAAAUACAGCAUCACCUCAGAGACAUGCAGAGGGAGAGGGAGGCCGGGAGGUGCUCUGUCCUCCACCUUCAGAGAGAGAAGGAGCAUGAGCUGAGGCAGCAGCGAGAGUGGAUUCACAUGGAGAAGGAGGCAGGUCCAAGAGUCCUGAAGGAGCAGCUGAUCCAGAGACAAAGCAAAUAUCCACACUUCUGCUCCACUUCUUCCCUGUCCUCGAGCACCAUGCCUUGCCUCCGACAGCAAAACUUCAGGCGCUUGAAGGUCCUGCACCAAAUCCAGAACUAUGUGCAAGAGCUGCAGGCAGAGAACACCACCCACCGCACGGGCAACCUGGAGAACCUGACUGUCCUGAGAGGAGAGCUGGGCACCACAGCAAGGGAAAAGAGGCUCCUGAUGCCGGAUCUCAUCGUUCCCCCAUGUGCUGGUGUCAGCAGCAGGAACUAAAGUGAUGGCAAGAAGAAUUUUCUCCUGUGGCCAGGACUUGGGCUGGGGCGUGGAGACAGUGAGACUGUGAGCCAUCCCUGGCAACUCGUUCUCCCUGUGCAUGGCCAGAAGGACCAUUUGUGAAGCUACUGGACCCUCCCUUUGCAGGAUAUUUUCCACUGACAUCCCCAAGUGAAAACUUCUCUUUAGCCCCUCCUGGCCAGGCUGACUCCUUUCUAGACAGAGCCAGUGGCUGGAGGACAAGCAGUGCACGUGUCAGGAGUGAUGGGUAAGGCUUGGUGUCUGCACCGGGCUGCUGUCUGGGUCCAGCCAGGUGAAUGCUGGAGCUCUACCAGAACUUUUGCUGCUCUUUCCUUACAUUCAGUCGGGUGCUUAGUAGAGAGAGAGGAAGAGAGGAGGUGGAGAGGCCCAUGUCACAGGGGAGAUGCAGAAUGGCAUUGGGGCUUAUGCUUUUGGGCAGGGAAGGGAUGUAGGCAAGGAAUUCUGGUAUAUGGGGGAGUUUGUACUGGAAGAAGUCUUGCACCUUCCCAUGUCAAGGUGGAGACUGCAGCCAAGCACAUUGCAAAUGCCUCAGAAUUAGGAGUCUGGCUUCAAGUCAGUCAGUAAUUCCCACACCCAAGAAACUAAGCACUGUUAAGGCUGACAAGCUUGUACUGUGGAGGUCAGUUUUGGUCUCCAAAUUCCAAAUGGGUCAGCAUUUCAGGUGUAAAAAUGACUUUAGUGAUACCUAACUGGUUGGCAUUACGCAGGGCCACGUGGCAGAAGAUAAGGGAGCUCAGGAGAUUUUUCCUGCAGAGAAUGCCUGGAAGAGCACCAGGGAUGGUGAUCAGGAGUAUUGGAGCUCAGGGGUCACACUGAAGCUCCCUUGCUCUGGGGGGGUUUGUUUUGGGUGUCUCCAGUGGGGCUGCACUUUCUGUGAUGCAGAGUGUGGUCCUGUGAGUAGCUGGGUGCUCAUAAGAGCUCAGUAUUAUGAGUGAGGGAAAAUCUUUCUCCAGCUCCCCCCUGCUGCCCGGGACAGUUCUGCCUCUGAUCAUUCUCACUGGUUCCAAAGAAGAUUAUCCCCUUUGUAUUGCUUGGCUGGUUUUCCAUGGAGUUAACCAAGAAUCAUCUCACUAUGAUUCCAACAAGCAUCAGACCUGGACCAAAGUGAGCAGGAAGAGCAAGUGAUUAAGGACAGGGAGACUAAGAGGGAGCUGAACCUUGCCUUUUGAUGGCAGCUAGUUGUUAGACUCUUUGCUUUUAGUAUUAAAUACAAGGUGCCAUUGCCAGCAUGCUAUUUGAAGGGAAAGUGUCCUGCCUGCAGCAAACCUAUAUUUCUACUUGGAUUUCAUUUGAUACAAGUGUGUAUGUUGAGGGGCACAGUGGGUGCUGUGCCGUCAGCGUCAUCCCCUUUUGGAUGUGCUCUAAGAACAGAGCCAGGGUGCUUAGAGCAAAGCUUGCAGGAAUGUGAUUUUGGGAAGGAAGAACAUAUGAGAAUUUUACCAGAAUAAACUUUUUCUUUACAAUA